AUGUCAACGUCCAAGUCGGACUCGGAGUGGGAGGAGCUCUCCGACGGCCCUUCACCCAGGGUCUCCCCGCUGGAGUCCCUCGGCGCAGUCGUGCUCUCCGCAAUGCAGCCGGAGGACCGUCAGCGCAUGGUGGCCUUGUACCACCUCGUCUUGGAGACCGCUGUGGUCAAGGUCGUGCUGCUGGUGCUACAGAUGCUGUGCUGCGCGGUGUUCUGGCUGGUCGAGAAGACCGUGGGGGUCAACGAAACCGUCGGCUCGACGCGCCUCCGAUUGUGGAACAGCAAGUUCAAGCUGCGCACCAUCCAGCGCCAGUUGCUGUGGCGCAUGGCCAAUUCCCGGGGCGACGAGACGCUCGUCUUCUUUGCCGUGCUCAUGACCACGCCCUGGCUGUUCUCCCUCAGCCUCCUGGGAUUAAUCCUGUCCCUGGCGGUGCUCCUGAAGAGGACCGUCAAGGAGCUGGUGUUCCAGAUACGCCUGCACCUCGUGCUCUAG